AACCAACACACACCACGGCCUCCAGUCAACUGCAGUUUCCUUUUCCCUUCAAAAGGUUGGACAUCCCUUUUGGAGUCCAUCAAAAACAACAAAUCAUGUCAAACAUCAACCCUUCUUCUGAUGAUGUCCCCGCCAGUGAGAGGACUCCUCUUCUGGGCCGCGAUGGGGCCGCAGAUGAGGAAGAAUCUCACGAGCAUUCGAGGACGGAGCGCCUGACGAGCUGGCUCGCAGGUCAUAUCGCCAACAUCAUUCUGAGCUUGCUUCUCAUCUUUUUCAUCGCUCUCUUCCUGGUGACCUUUCUGGCCAGGAAAGAAGAAAGUGACGAGUCGCCCGUGGUGCCAAACCCCGGUGACGAGGCCAAGAUCUGCACGACUGCUGGAUGCGUUCUCGCCUCGGCUACGCUGCUGCGGAGCAUCUCACCUAGAUACAAGGAGCUCGACCCAUGCGAGGACUUCCGCGCGUAUGCCUGCGAGGGCUUCGAUGCCAUCCACGAGAUCCGUGAGGACCAGACCAGCGUGGGCAGCCUGCAGGUCAUGAGCGAGGAAGGCCAGCUUAUCCUGAAGCGUAUCCUCGAGUCUCCAGCCCCACAGGAUACUUCUCUCUUUUGGACUGCCUCGUCUCCAGACCAGGAGAUCUUCGCCAAGCUGCAGGAUGGGUACAACGCUUGCCUGAACGAGACCCUGCUGCGGUCCAUCGGGUCCAAGCCGCUGCUCGACCUGCUCAAACAGGUCGAAAGGCUAUACCCCUUACACGGAUCUCAUGAAGAUCAAGCUCUCACCAACACUGUGCAAUUUUUGAUGAGCAUUGGGGUCAGGACCCCGAUUUCCCUGGGUGUUGGUGCUGAUGACAAGGACCCCAAUGCCAAUGUCGUAUCGCUCAGCCCUCCCUAUUCUUUUGGUCUCCCAUCAAAGCAGUAUUACAACAAAACCGAGAUGGUGACUGCGUACAAGGACACAAUCGGUGCCGUUCUCCAGGGCUUGAUAAAUGAAGCCAGGAAGGAAAGGGCCCACGACCUGGUUGAUUUCGAGGCGCAAAUGGCCGCUGCGGCUCCUGACCCCGAAGAUCUGUCGGACAUCACCAAAGUCUACAACCCCAAGACCUUGGAUGAGGCCGACGCAUACAACCCUGCCAUCUCGGUGAAGACGCUCAUUACGGGCCUUGCCGAUGGCUACAAGCCGUCCAAGAUCAUCGUGGCCUCUCCAGACUACCUCAAGUCUCUUUCCGAUAUCUUGGCAACCCAGGAACGGGACGUCCUCAAGGCGUACCUGGGCUGGAAGGUGGUGCAGUCCUACGGGACGGUGGUGGAGAGUGAUUCUGUGGAGCCUCUUCGCAGGUUCAACAACAAGCUUCAGGGCAAGGAGCCUGAUGUCAAGCCCGAGAGGUGGAGGACGUGUGUUAGUGUGGUCGACAGUGAUCUUCCCUGGAUCCUGAGCCGCUUCUUCGUCGAAACAGCCUUCUCCAAGGAAGCCAAGGAUCUCGGCGACCAGAUCAUCCAUGAUAUCAAGGACGAGUUCAUCACCAAGCUCAAACAUUCCGAGUGGAUGACCAAGACGGUCCGCCAGCUCGCGAUUGACAAGGUCAACCUGAUUCGUCAAAAGAUUGGGUACCCCACCGAGAGUCCGGAUGUCACCGACGCAGAAGAACUCCAGAAGUACUACAGCGAGGUUCCCGUUUCCUCCAACACAUUCUUUGCCAACAGGCUCGCCUCGACCAAGAAUGAUAUCAAGCGCGAGUGGGCGCAGAUUGACAAGCCCGUCGACAAGGCCGAAUGGGGCAUGUCUGCGCCGACCGUCAAUGCCUAUUACAACCCGCCUGGCAAUGAGAUCGUGUUCCCAGCCGGCAUCAUGCAGGCUCCCGUCUUUUAUGACCCCUCCGUGCCCAAGUACCUGUCGUAUGGUGCCUUUGGCGCUGUCGCCGGUCAUGAGCUGUCGCAUGCCUUUGAUUCGUCAGGUCGGAAUUACGACCAGAACGGGAACUAUACUGACUGGUGGGAUAAUUCGACCAUCGACGCCUUCAAGACCAAGACGGACUGCUUCGUCGAGCAGUACUCCAACUAUUCCAUCCCGACCAAGGAUGGACCGCUCCACGUGAACGGGAAGCUCACACUUGGAGAGAACAUUGCUGACGCCGGCGGUCUCACGGCCGCGUUCCAAUCCUGGCAGCAGCGUGACGAUGAGAAGGCUGACCUGCAGCUCCCGGGGCUGCAGCACUUCACCAAGGAGCAGGUCUUCUUCCUCGCCUAUGGACUGACGUGGUGUGGGAAGUCGCGAGAGGAGAGGUCGGUACAGCUGAUCUACACGGAUCCUCACAGUCCUAGCCAGUAUAGAAUCAAGGGAACUACAUCGAACUCUCGUGAGUUCCGCGAGGCAUUCAAUUGCCCUGUCAAGGAGCCUACUUGUGAGCUGUGGUAGGCCUGGUCAUUAUCUCCAACGGCAUUGUCGAUAUUGGUGUAAUCAUUGCGUUUAUUAUAAUCAAGCAUGCCAGAGAAUGCAGCGAGGGCUGUGGGAUGGGGCUCGGUCGAUGAAUCUGUUUUGCUUUGAAAAAGCGUGAUUUUGUAACGAAUUGAUCUGUACUUGAUAGAUGCCAGCUUCUCGGUAAUAUAACUUAGUCUACAGUAGCUAUCUUAUCAGGCAAUGUCGUUUAUCUUGUGGCCC